AUGGCGUCUUCUAUCUUGUCAGCAUUCGGCACUGAAUCCAGCUGCACAGACGAUGACCAACACAGUGAGAGCCAAGGAUCAACCAUUAUGACGCCAACGCGAGCACGAAGGUUAGUUGUUUUUUUUUCUUUUCUUUUUCCAGUUUUUUUUAUUAUUCUUGUUUCUUUUCCUUUUUCUUUCCCUCCAUUUUCCUUUUUCUUUCCCUCCAUUUUCCUUUUUCUUUCCCUCCAUUUUCCUUUUUCUUUCUCUCCAUUUUCCUUUUUCUUUCCCUCCAUUUUCCUUUUUCUUUCCCUCCAUUUUAUUAUUGUUCUUGUACAUUUUCUUGCAUUUUCUUUCGUUUACUUUUUUGUAUGCUUUAUUUUUUUUAAACUUUUACUGUCCAUUGUAACAUUAUUCUUUUGUUUUUCUUUAUUGAUUCCAUUUUUUCUUAUUGCUUUUUUAUUCACUUCUGUUCUUUUUCACUUUUUUAUUUUUACCACAUUAUCUUUUUAUUCUUUUUCUCAUCAUUAUUUUUCUUUUUUUUGUUUUCUUUUUUCUUAUUUUUUCACAUUUCCCAUUCUUUCCUUCAUUAUUCUUUAUAAAAUUGUAUCUUCCAUUGAGGUUUUUCUUUCGCGAUUUUAUUUUUUCUCAUUGUUCAAUUUUCUUUUUCAAUGA